AUGAAUCUACGUCUUAAAGAGCAAAAAUCGAACAGAGUGACCUUUGAGUCCUCAACAAUGACAGUAAAGUACAAUGACUCGUGGAAGUCCAGCUUCCUAGGAUUGCGCCAGUCAGAAAGAGAUGCCUAUCAGUUCAUUCAGGAAUUUCUCGAGCAAGAACAUGCGAGCGAGCUCAACAAGCUGAAGUUCCUGAGGGCUGUGGAGACCUUGAGUGGUGCCGUGCAUGCCCAGGCAGAGGGCAGCAUGGACAACUUCUUUCCCAAAACCAUCCUAGCCACCAGGAUCAAGGCAUUAAUCCUUGAGGAGUCCAAGGAGAAUCUGACCAGCAGCGUGCGUCAGCAAGCCAUGCUCUGCACCGUGGCCCUGAGCCAGGUGAACCCACCGUUCCACUUGUCCCAGAAGCUGGACCUGGUGAACGCUGGCAUCUCCAGCAUGUUCCCCCUGCCUCUCAUCAUGCCUAGCCCAGACCGGAAGGACAGUGCCAGUCUCUACAUCCAGACGAUCCAGGCCCUUGAUGACAUGUUACAAGCUCUUGUGAUGGAGGCGCUGAAGCCCAACAUGCUCAUCCUGCAGGACUUCCUGGAGAUCAUCUUACCUUGGUCGCUACAGUCAGACAAAGUGCACGAACAGACGCGGGCCUUGGGCACCAUUUCCCGGCUGCUGAGAUUCAUUUGCAAUUUCCCCGAGUUGUCACACAUGGCAGAGUUCUCCAUGAGCGGGAAACUGAUGGGCAUCUUGGGCCUCUUCUGCGUGGACCCCAACAAUGAGAUCAGCACAGGGGCGUCAGAGGCACUGCAUUACCUGUUCAAAGUCCUGGUGCUCCAGAGAAGUGAAAAGCAUAAGACGGAGAUCAUCCUGAGGGAUCUACAGAAGAACUUCCGCGGGGAGUGGUUGGCCAGCAUGCAGGAUCUCACACUGUUCUUCAAGAAAUACCUGACCCCCGAGGAGAGGGCAGACGUGAUCAUGGUGGCCAUGGAGGCCAUGACCAGCAGCAGCAGGCAUGACGUUUGUGCAGCUUCCAAGGUGUUAAAGAUGAUCCUGAAGUACACUAUUCCUGAAAUUGGGAAGGUUCCAGAAAUCAUCCAGUACAUUUACUACCAUAUGAACAGCAUCACUGAAGACACGGCCCAGAAGACCAUCCAGAAGAUCCUGCACCUGCUGGCCCAGUCCUACACCGAUGAGGUUAUCCUGACGCUGUUCAAGAUAGAGGGCCAGAUACAGAAAGGGGUCCGCAAGCCUUGGGAAAUCCUGGCAUCCUUCCCCAAAGGCUAUGAAAUGAUCAUGGAAUAUCUGCUCCAGAGGCUGACUCCACACCAGAGACUGAAAGGCCAGGCGUCCAGCCACAAAACAGAGAUCUCUCCGUUGAUUGCGACCAGGGCCAUUCACGAGCUCUUGCUGGAGCCCAGCCGGCGGAUGGAGGUGCAGACCUUCUUCUCGUCCCUGUUCAUGGCCCUGCUCUUCCAGAGCUCCUCUCUCGUGGUUAAAGGAGAUACUGAAAGUCUUCAGGAUUGGCAGCACAUAACCGAAUGGGUGGACCCCAUCAGUUCCACCGUGGAGGCCCUGAAGACCUUAAUGCGAAGUUCUGGGUAUGGAGAGCAUGUGUCUUAUAUUCAGAAUCUCGGGGGCUGGGAGCUGCUCACCGAUCCGGAACGACACUACGAUGGAGUCAUUGUGCUGGCCAGGUCCCUGGCUGUAAAGAACUGUUGGCACAACCGCCCCAUCUUCAGCUUCAUCAUCAGGAGCCUCCAGGACCAGGACUGCGAGUGUCACCUAACAGCGCUCGUGUUCCUCACAGAGCUGCUACAGUGCCCAGAAGUGGCAACCACAGUGGAUGACAUCGCCACCCACAUCCUGGCAAACUGGUUCACUUGCGAGGAGGUGGCCACAGUGAAGCUGUUGCUGCAGGUGGCAGAGAUCUUCGCGAAGGACAGACACUUGGUGCGUCGCCUGCGCAUCCUGCAGCCCUACGUGCUGAGCUGCUGCUACUCGUCGAGCAACGACAUCGUGGUGGAGACUUUCCGGGUGCUGAAGAGCCUCGUGCAGCACCUCGGCUGGCAGCAGUCCUCCUCCUUCCUUAUCCAGCUCUCCUUCUCGCUUGUGCCCUUCUUCGAGGAGGAGUCCGAGUACCUGCGUCUGACGGCCUUUGAGAUCUACGGAAGUCUCUUGGCCAAGAUCAAGAAGAGUAACCUAGUCUUCCCCCUGAAGCACCAGGUCCUCAACUUGAUCAUCCUUCUUGUGCUCCACUUGAAGGAUACGAAUAGCAGGGUGGCCGAGAUCUGCCGGCUCUCCCUCUGUGACACAGCAGCCUUCUUGGGCUGGUCAAAACUCAGAGCAGUGUUUGCCAAGAAAGAUGUCUGGACCAUCCUGCAAGGCCUGCUGGAGCAGGAGCGGCUGCGAGCCCUCUGGUUUCUGAAGCAGUGCAUGGGUCUCUUCAAGAGCCCACAGGCCCCCAUCCGCCAGGCAGCCGUGUGGUUUGCAGGCCAGAUCAUCCAAACCAUCCGCUUGGAAGAGAUCACUGACAUUGAGGACAUGCGUGCAGGCCCGGGGCCUCCUGCCCAGCCCAGCAGCCUUCCUCUGCUCAGAGUGCCACAGCCUGUCUGUGCUUCAGCCCUAAGGUACAUGCAGAGAGACCCCGACCCUGUGAUCAGCUGUCUCGCCACGCAGACCUUCUACAUCCUGGAGGCCAAAGAGAGGGUGCGGCCGGCCACACCCCCCAGCUCCUGCCUCUGUAUGAGAAGGCUGGAGAGACGGCCUGCCCCAGUCUGGGGCGGAAUGCGGGUGGAUGGCGGAGGACAGGGGCAGAGAACUGGCUGGCUUCACUGUCCAAGCUGCGUUUGGGGGACAGUCCUCCAAGCUGCUUCCUAGUGACCCAUGCAGGGUUCUGGGGAGUGGGUGUCUGGCCCGGGCUAUGGAGUGAGCUCCAGCCUUCCCCGGGAUGGUGGGCCUGGGCCCUACGAGUGAGAAGACACGAGUGGCGCUGUGGGCGUGGCCUGUAAGGCUGCCAGCGAUGGCGCCCCAGGCAGUGAAGGCACUGAAGAGUCAGGCCGCCAGGGGCUGGGGUGCCGGGGUGCUGGGAGGGUCCCCGCCCGAG